AUGGUGGAGUUCCUGGCUGACCGAGGUGCAAAUGUUGACCACUGCAACAUCGCCGGCAUGACGCCUCUGCACGCAGCUGUGAUGCGUGGCAAGCGGCAGGUCGUCAACUUGCUGAUCGACAAGGGCGCCGAUGCCAACACCCACACUUGCACCUCUCCCUCGAUGCCUCUCCUGCAUGUGGCCGCCCGCCUGGGUGACGCCAGAAUGUUGGAAAACCUACUGGAGAGAGGCGCAGACCUGGACGGCCUUUCGGAGGAAAAGAGCAUGACUGCGCUGCAUGAAGCGGCCCUGGAGGGCCACGUGGACGCUGCUCGCCUGCUUAUAUCCCGGGGCCUGAAUGUGGAUGUUGUUUCCAGCACAGGGGAGACGCCAUUGCUGGUGGCUGUGAAGAAGCAGCACCUGCAGAUGGCCGGGUUCCUGUUGGAGGCAGGGGCUGAUGUCAAUGCGGAGCGCAACACAAGGAUCUCCAGCAUCCACAUGGCUGCGGGGCGGAAGCACAUGCCCAUGCUGGAGCUGCUGCUGUCCAAGGGAGCCAAUAUUGAGGCAUCAAACAGUGAUGUUGGCACGCCUUUGCUCAUGGCCUCGGGCUUUGGCCAUGAGGAGGUUGUGAGGUCGCUCCUGAGCAAGGGUGCUAAUGUGAACGCGGCCCAUGCCACCAAUGGUUUUACCCCAUUGUUUGCGGCCUCUCUGGCUGGCCACGCAAGGAUCGUGGACAUCCUGCUGGGCUCUGGCGCGGAUCCAGAGCUAAUGGACGUUAAUGGCAGGAAGGCUGCAGAGGUGAUUGGCAUGAGUGCAGCGCAACGCCUGCCUCAGGCCGAUCGGCGGGAGAUCGAGGAGAUAUUCAGGAGGCACACACUGGAGAGGGCAAGGUCUCAGGAGCUGCAGGACCCAUCCAUCGGUCUAGCAGACGUGGAUUUGGCCCCAUCCAGCUGUGCCACUUCCACCUCCUACGACGAGGAGCAUGACACAUCGUUGUACGUGGCAGCCUCUGCAGGGGAGUAUGAGUCUGUACUGGCCCUCCUGGCAGCAGGCGCCAGGGUGGGCAACACAGGGGACAACGGCUGGACAGCCCUCUUUGCUGCUGUCAACUAUGGGCACUUGGAAAUAGCAAAGGAAUUGGUCAAGGCUGGUGCCGAUGUGAACACCAUUGUCCCCAAUCGGGGCACGGCACUCCAUGCCGCUGCAGGAUCGGGGUAUGUGGCAAUGGUGUCACAUCUGAUGGCAGCUGGUGCGAUGGUAGAUGCUGCAACCAGCAUUGGCGAGACACCGCUGCAUGUGGCUGCCCGCCAUGGCCAUAGGGCGGUUGUUACAAACCUCCUGCAACAGGGUGCCAACAUAAAUCGCAGGAGGCAAGACAGUGCGCGGCCGAUACACCUGGCAGCCGAGCGCGGGCACAAGGGGGUGGUGGAGGAGCUCAUGAUGUGGGGUGCAGACAUCGCGGCCAGCAGGAAGGACGGCGCAACCCCGCUUUACUUGGGCACACUGCAUGGCCACCACAACCUCGUGGAGCUCCUGUUGGGGGAGAAGGAAAAGGUUGCAGUGAAUGCGACCACCAAGGAGGGUUGGACAGGCCUGCAUGCGGCCGCUGCCAGGUGCGAUGCCCAACUGGUGGAGAUGCUGCUGGCAGCAGGGGCCUUACCCCACAAGGAGAACAAAGAGGGCCUGAGCCCCUUCGACGUUGUGUGCCAGUGGGAGCAGGGGAGCUCUGGUGAGAAGAGGGAGAUCAGGUCAAUGUUGGCGGGCACUCCGAAGAAAAUGGCCGAGGUCGACAUGAGCAGGUCGAUGGAGACAGUGGAAUUUUUCCCCUACCAAUAG